AUGGUAAAAGAGCCGGAGCCAAUACGGCGGAUAUCCCCUCCCGACGAUGACGGCGAAUCCGGGGAGUCGAGCGGCGGCGACGACGACGCCGACGACCAGCCGUUCAAGCUGAAGAAAUUUCGCUCGGCCGACUUUGAGGACUCAUCAAUUGACUUUGUCGACUCGGAGCCAGAGCCCUCCUCGGCGGUCGGCUCAGAUGGAUAUGAGCAGGGCUCGGAGGCCGACAGCGAUCUGGGCGGAGAUUCGAGGGCUGAAGAUACGGAUGAUGAGGAGAUGCAACCCGACGUGAAGAACGAUAUGAAGGAGGAGCGGAAGGAGAAUGGAAACGGAUGGAGGCCGGGCAGAUCGUUACGAUCGGCCGACCAUCAGAAGCCGUCGAUUGCCGCGUCGGCCGGGCUGGAGGAGGAGGCCGAAGACGAUGACGAUGAGGAAGAGGAGGAGGAGGACGUCGAUGAAGAGGAGGACGGGCCUGAACUCGUCGAGGAUGACGAGGAAGAGGAAGCCGACGAGCCGGAAGCCGAAGAUUUGGAAGAAGAAGAAGAAGAGGAGCAACCGGAAGCGUCGGGCAGUUCAACCUCCGACUCCGACGGCUCUGAAUCUGAGGCAAGCGUCGAGCCUGACGAGGAUGAGCCCCAACCCGGCAGCUCGAAGGCCCCGCAAGUGGCCCCGCUCAAAAAUGGCCCGCUUCCGAAUGGUCCGGGAAGACCGGAGAAUGGGACGAGGAUUCGCAUAAAUGGAACGGCCACAAAUUCACACCCAAAACUGCGACCCGACGAACGGACACCCGAGAAAUUGAGGGAAGAGCUCCGGAGAAAGUUGCUAAAACUGAUGCGAUUGCAUAAACAGAAAAGAAAAGCAGCAAUUGAGAAGGCUGCCCGCGACGCAUCACAACGCUCCUACCGUGCCGCACUUCCCCUGCGCGUCCAGCGCCUGAAGCGAGCCCUCGACAUUUCGCGCUUCGUCGCCCAAAUGGAGAAGCUGCUCGCCAAGCCGAUCAAGAUUCCGGGCCUCUACUCGUCGGUGAAGAAUCGUUUCGGCCGUCCCCUGUCGCUCUUCUCGAUCAAAAAUGUGUGGCCGAGUCUGCAAGAACGUCUCCACCACGCCUCCCGCCUCUACAAUUUUAGUCAGCCGAGAUCGCGGGAAUGGCUUCACGAGCUGCUCGUCGAUGACUCUGAUUCGGAGUACGAGGCCGACCACUUUCAAUUCAACGAGGAGGACAUUAGGACGCUGCUCAAGAUCCAUCGCCGACGGCGUGCCAUCCAAAAGUCCUACCACCUCGAUGCUGCCGGGAAUACGUGCAUGUACUACGGCGCGGGCUUGGUCAGCCUCAACGAUCAAUUCAUGGACGGAAACGGGCUGAUGCGACACUCCGUCUACCGA